AGCUGUACAACCACCGGUCGCGUGCAUGAAGUCAGAUGAUUGAGUAGGAACUCAUAGAACAGGAUGUGUGCAGUAACUCGGUUAAUCUUUGUUUGUCUGUUUUUAACAGUUACCGUUUGUAACGGUUGGCUGUUUGAAUACUUUGGUGAGAAAUAUCAGGAGACAGAUGAUGUUUCGCUUUGGCCGCUACCACAGAAAUAUCAGACGAGCCCAACUACAUUCAAACUCAGCGGUUCCAGUUUUCAAAUCGUUCAUGCCAAAGAUUCGUCCGCAGGGCCGAGCUGCAGCCUGCUCCAAAACGCCUUCCGCAGAUAUUUUAAUUACAUCUUUGACUAUGUGAAGAAGCUUGAGAAGAACCAAGAUAAAGUGUUUGAUUCCGAGCUGACUGAGCUUCAGGUGCAGAUCACAUCCACUGACCCGGAGUGUGACGGUUAUCCGAGUCUAAAAACAGAUGAAUCCUAUCAGCUGUCAGUGGACCAACCCACAGCUCUUCUUAAGGCCUCAAAUGUAUGGGGAGCAUUGAGAGGACUUGAGACCUUCAGCCAGCUGGUGUAUGAAGAUAAUUAUGGAGCUAUUACAAUCAAUAAGACGGACGUAUCUGACUUUCCUCGCUUUGCUCAUCGAGGCAUCUUGCUGGACACAUCUCGUCACUUUCUGCCACUCAAAGUCAUACUGGCUAAUUUGGAAGCCAUGGCAAUAAACAAGUUUAAUGUUUUCCACUGGCACGUUGUGGACGAUCACUCCUUCCCCUUCUUAAGUCGGACUUUCCCUGACCUCAGUCAACGUGGAUCUUAUCACCCGUACACCCACGUGUACACACCGGCUGAUGUGAAAAUGGUGAUUGAGUUUGCUCGUAUGCGAGGCAUUAGAGUUGUUGCUGAGUUUGACACUCCAGGCCACACGCAAUCAUGGGGAAAAGGUCAGGCUGGUCUUUUGACCCCAUGCUACUCGGGCAGCACUCCAUCAGGUACCUUUGGUCCUGUAAAUCCCAUCCUCAACUCCACGUACGACUUUAUGACCCGCUUUUUUGAAGAAAUCAGCACUGUUUUCCCUGAUGCCUACGUCCACCUUGGGGGAGACGAGGUCGAUUUCUCCUGCUGGAAGUCAAAUCCUGACAUUCAGAAAUUUAUGGAGCAGCAGGGCUUUGGUCAAGACUACAGCAAACUGGAGUCCUAUUAUAUUCAGAAGCUCCUUGACAUUGUAAAAGCCACCAAUAAGGGCUACAUGGUAUGGCAGGAGGUUUUUGACAAUGGCGUUAAGCUGAAAGCAGACACGCAGAUUCACGUGUGGAAGGAGAAGCCGGACUACAACCAUGAGAUGGCUCAGAUAACUGCAGCUGGGUUUUAUGCCCUACUUUCGACUCCCUGGUAUCUAAACCGCAUCAGCUAUGGCCAAGACUGGCAAAGCAUUUACAAGGCUGACCCUCAGAGUUUCAAUGGCACAGCAGAGCAGAAGAAGCUUGUGAUUGGGGGGGAGGCAUGUCUCUGGGGGGAGUAUGUGGAUGCAACAAACCUCACCCCACGUCUAUGGCCACGGGCCAGUGCAGUAGCUGAAAGGUUGUGGAGUGACGAGAGUGUGAAAGAUAUCGGAAGUGCCUACAACCGUCUGGUCAGACAUCGCUGCCGCAUGCUCAGGAGAGGCAUCCCUGCAGAGCCUCUGUUUGUGGGCUACUGUCUACAUGAAUAUGAUGGGCUGUGAGUGCCAACAGACUGAAUUCCUACCAUUUUAAUAAUUUCACAAGGAAAUGCUGAUCAGGAAUAUUCAUUCUGUUCUAUUCCUAUACACAGACAAUUUCACAGCUUUCACAGUUUAAUUCAGCAGGGUAUAUACACAAGUUAUCACUUUUGUUUUAAUUUGGGAUUUAUAUAAUACCAGUGUUUUAAUGAAUCAUGUUCUGUGAAUAGGUUUUAUGAAAUUGAAGACUUUCCAUUUUAAUUUGUAAUGACUGUGAAAUAUAUUUUUGGGUUGGGAUUUAAAAAAAAAAUAUAAUUUUAGGUCAAGUGGUGCACAUUAAAAUAUUGAACUUGGGCAAUGCCUUUACAUAUAAAAGAUAAAUAAUGGUAAUAAGCAUCUGUUCAGUAAAAUGAAUAAAUAAAAGCGGAAAUCAGUUCAUAAUGGAAACGCAUUCAUGUUUUAAAACAUCAUUAGCCACAGUGCAAGAAAAGGAAGGGAGAUCACGCCAGGCCGGCUAUCUUGUUGAGCAAAGCAUUCUGGUCCUGAGGGUUCAUGGGUUCGUAGCUGGCCAGCUCAAGUGAGAAGGUGGCAUUUCCUGAGGUCAAAGUGCGUAGCAUCGUGGAAUAGCCCUGGAAGCACCACAUAUCAAUUUAAUAUCGCUACUCAGUUUCCAGUUUGAAAAUUUUUUCAGAAAUAAAUAAGCACACUCACCAUCAUCUCUGCAAGGGGUACAGUGGCCAAAAGUACCUUGCUGUCAUGGCGACUCUGGAUAUCUUGAACUGUUCCUCGGCGCUGAGCAAGGUCACCAAGCACAGAGCUCAGGUACUCCUCUUCAACAGUCACCUCUAAUGACAUCAUGGGCUCCAAGACUUGUCCCCCUGCCUGUUUCAGCCCCUACCCACACAUGCACAGCGUUAAUUUCCAAAAUAUAUGAAAUCUAACAUGUACAAACCCAUAGGGCUUUACUGCCAUGACAACAACUGGUCUAACUGUAUUGUGAUUCAGACAGUACCUUGAGCAUGCAGCGAGACACACAGGCUGACACCAUGGCCAGGGAGGUGCCAGGUUCUACACACACACUGUGGAUCACAGUGAUGACCCCCUGCACAGGGUAACCCAGUACAGGACCUGCAGAACAGACAAUUACAGUAAUACCCAAGUUUGUACCAACAUAGAGCACAUCAUCCUCUCAAAGAAAAUCAUGACCACUUUUCCUAAACUGAAAUAAAACCAAAGGUUAAAACAUU